AGUUUUUAUGUAACUAAGUAGUCCUGUGUUUAAAUGCCUGUUUGCUGAUUUUUGGCUUGUUAUUUGUACUUGUUUUAUAUUUUAGGCAAUAAUUAAUAGCACCAUCACCCCAAACAUGACAUUUACUAAAACAUCUCAGAAGUUUGGCCAGUGGGCUGAUAGUCGGGCAAACACUGUUUAUGGCCUGGGAUUCUCCUCUGAGCAUCAUCUUUCGAAAUUUGCAGAAAAGUUUCAGGAAUUUAAGGAAGCUGCUCGACUCGCAAAAGAGAAAUCACAAGAAAAGAUGGAACUUACCAGUACCCCUUCACAGGAAUCAGCAGGUGGGGAUCUUCAGUCACCUUUAACACCAGAAAGUAUCAAUGGGACGGAUGAUGAAAGAACACCUGAUGUGACACAGAACUCAGAGCCAAGGGCUGAACCAACUCAGAAUGCGUUGCCAUUUUCACAUAGGUACAGAUUCAAUUCAACCAUCAUGAUUAAGGAACAGCCCAUCUUCAGCACUCGAGCUCAUGUCUUCCAGAUCGACCCCAACACAAAGAAGAACUGGGUGCCCACCAGCAAGCAUGCAGUUACUGUGUCUUAUUUCUAUGACAGCACAAGAAAUGUGUACAGGAUAAUCAGUUUAGAUGGCUCAAAGGCAAUAAUUAAUAGCACCAUCACCCCAAACAUGACAUUUACUAAAACAUCUCAGAAGUUUGGCCAGUGGGCUGAUAGUCGGGCAAACACUGUUUAUGGCCUGGGAUUCUCCUCUGAGCAUCAUCUUUCGAAAUUUGCAGAAAAGUUUCAGGAAUUUAAGGAAGCUGCUCGACUCGCAAAAGAGAAAUCACAAGAAAAGAUGGAACUUACCAGUACCCCUUCACAGGAAUCAGCAGGUGGGGAUCUUCAGUCACCUUUAACACCAGAAAGUAUCAAUGGGACGGAUGAUGAAAGAACACCUGAUGUGACACAGAACUCAGAGCCAAGGGCUGAACCAACUCAGAAUGCGUUGCCAUUUUCACAUAGGUACAGAUUCAAUUCAACCAUCAUGAUUAAUUCAGCAAUCAGCAAACACUGGGAGGCUGAACUGGCCACCCUCAAAGGAAAUAAUGCCAAGCUCACUGCAGCCCUGUUGGAGUCCACUGCCAACGUGAAACAAUGGAAGCAGCAACUCGCUGCAUAUCAAGAGGAAGCAGAACGUCUGCACAAGCGGGUGACCGAGCUUGAAUGUGUUAGUAGCCAAGCAAAUGCAGUGCACACCCAUAACUCUGAAGUAAAUCAGACGAUACAGGAACUGGAAGAGACGCUGAAAGUGAAGGAGGAGGAAAUAGAAAGAUUAAAACGAGAAAUUGAUAAUGCCAGAGAGCUGCAGGAGCAGCGGGACUCCCUGACUCAGAAACUGCAGGAAGUAGAAAUUCGGAACAAAGACCUGGAGGGACAACUGUCUGACUUAGAGCAACGUCUGGAGAAAAGUCAGAAUGAACAAGAAGCUUUUCGCAAUAACCUGAAGACACUCCUAGAAAUUCUUGAUGGAAAAAUAUUUGAACUAACAGAAUUACGAGAUAACUUGGCCAAGCUACUAGAAUGCAGCUAAGGAAAGUGAAAUUUCAGUGCCAAUUGAUUAAAAAAAUACACUGUCUCUCUUCAUAGGACUGUUUGGGCUCUGCAUCAAGAUUGCACAAAAAAUUUGAAUAUCACUCCUCCAGGAAGAGGAUCUUUUGAAAAUUGGAAUUGUAUAUUUCAGUGUAAAUUUUAGAAUUCAGCUUGUAGCUAGUUGGGGAAAAAAGAGAUGAAAAACUUGAACUACAAAUUACCUCCAUGUAUAUUAUUGGCCAUAGUUAACUAGAAAGUUAUAAAUAGACACUUAAUGCAAUCUUUUUUUCCGAUAUUAGCCAAUGGGAGAAUUAACAAUGUCUGGGUCACAUCCCCUUUUUGUGUUCAACACAGUGAAGGUUAUCUGCUUUUUAAAUUAAUUUAUUUACGAUAUCUAAAGCUGUGUUUUGUGCAAAAACUUAGUGAUGAAAGCCCUGUCUUUUGUUGUAAUCUGAAUAAUUUCUCAGGAUAUUUUUGCACUGCCGAGAAGCAGUGCCAUUACCAGUUAAUUCUUGCCAGGAGUGAGAGAGCUGCAUCUUUCAUUGAAACAUACUUGCUAUGAUUGGGUGUAUAGAGUUCUUCCCUUCUUUACACUGGAAGAGAUUUCACUCUGCUGACCACGCUGGUACACUCUGAUGGUCUCUAACCUUGUCCGCUGUGGAGUUUACUUUUCCAUGUUGAUUCCAUGUAUUUAUGAGAAGAUGUUGUCUCCCAUUUUAUUACACAUUUUAAAGCCAACUAACGAAGGCAGCUGAGUCCCUCAGAAAUUUUUCUUUUUAAAUUUCUAAUAAAUUUGACACACAGUACUGAAAUAUAGCAGCCGUCACUGACGGUCUGGUCUAGCAAUGUUAAGUCUAUUUACAGAAUAUGCAGUUACAUUGAUUUAUAUAUUUUGCAAGAAAUCUUUUCUGAAUGAUCAAUGCAUUUCAAUUUACAAAUAAUAAUGGUUAUUGGGGAACUGUCUAUUAUAGAUCAUUUUAAGGUGUAUAGCUAUUUUAAAGGGGACCCAUUUCCAUCAAACAGCCGAUCAGAGGACUAUUGGGAUUGGAGCUGUGUACUCUGUCUGGGUCUUCACGUCAGCCACAUCUCUAGUCAAACCUCACAAGGCAAUAUUCUGAACUGUUAACUAGGCAUUUCAAAACAGGAAUUCAAUUCAAUAGGCUCUUCUCAGUAAACAGGUUUUAAUGUUGUUUUGAUGUAAUUUUAAAGGACUUUCGGCAAACAUGCAUUUCUUUAUAUAUUUCUUUUAAGAAGCUAUUUUAAAAGUAAGCCAAGUGCUGUCUAGUCUGCAUAUGGAGUAGGAACUGCAUCAGAGUCCAUAUAUUCUUGCUGUGCGAUGCCUGUGAUGCUGAGGGAGUGUUCUUUCUCAAAGUGUUUGCUUGAGUGUCUGACUCGAGGAAGUCUGCAAAUGCACUGACUCUGUUUGUACCCCAAAAAGAUUGAAUUGUUCAAUACAGAAUUAAGGUAAUUAAUCAAUUUGUAACCAUUUUUUCACUCACAAACAGCUACUCAACACUAAACAGUUGUUUUAUAAAUGUAUGUGUAUGUAUGUAAAUACAUACAUAUUAAUUUAUAUUAGAGUGAAAAAUAAAUGGUUUGUUUCUAAAGUUAGUUUCUAAAGUGAGUUUUCAGGUGUCUCUGAAAAGUUUAUAUCAGACCCUUUAUUAUCGUGUAUUAUGUGUGCUAUAACAUCAUAUGAGUUACCUCCAUCUAGUUUAGGAUAUCUUCCUCCCCUGUUUCUUACAGGGAAGAUAAUUUAGGUACACAGGCUCAGAGCUGAGAGGUCUCUCUGAUAGAUCAGGUACUACAAUUUAUUGGAUUGAUGAAAUUAGGUAGAUGUGCUUUUAUCCAUCAGUUUCUGAGUGACAGAGAGCACCAGAUUUUAAUUUAAAUAGGGAUUUAACACUAGGGAUCAGGGAAUUUAGUUUUGAAGAGUUAAAAAUAAAAAAAAAAAGUAUAAACUGUUGAAAUGGUAAGUGAAUUAUUUUAAUGAUGUGAUAAGAUAUUUUUAAAUUUUGACAUAGUUGUCAUUUAAUGGGAAAAUAACUCACCAAAAUGUCUCCACUUGAAUUGUAUUGAUAUGUGAGACAUGUGUGUAAUUCAAUAUAUACAUAUACCCAUAUGUAUAUACAGAAAAUUAUUUUUAAUAUUUUGCUACUGCUAUGAAAUUUAAAAUUGGAAAUUUUGUGAGUUUUUUCCUUGUGCAAUAGAGCCUAGAUUUUUCUUUUUUUAGUGAUUUAACAAUUUCUUGAGGGCUGCACCUUUAAAUUCCCAGAUUGUCAUUAGACGUGUACAGUAUAUGGGAGAAGGUGGACACAAGUGCACAUAUAAAUAAAAUCUUCUUACUGACUAUUUUAAACAUUCAUUUACAGUAGGAGAGUAUCUCAAGUCGUCAUCUACAAGUCAUAAUUAGGUCAUGUGCCUACUGUAGUUUUCUCCAUUUCUGUAUUAUAUAAAUAAAAGUUUGCAUAAUAAAAUUUGAUUUUUCCCAGAGACAGGUAUUAUAUAAUGUAUCUAUAUUUAGAUCAAACUGUGGUAAUAUAUUUAUCAUAAAAUCACACGGGGAACUAUAGCCUGAACAUGUGGACUUGAAGUGACACAAAAAAGGAAAGCAGAGAUUGAUCCCAUUGUGUAUAAGUUAUUCUAUGAUAACUAUGAAUUCUUGUACAAAAAGCAACUGAAAAAAAAAGAAAAACAAAUACAGUUUUUAUUUUGAAAUACAUUUGUUGUUCUCUGGAGAAUGUACUUUAUCUUUUUCCCUCAGUCUUUUACAGAUAUUUAAAAGCAUUAAGUGAUGGCAGCAUUUACUUAAAUCUUACAGGUGCUACUGGAUUUUGCAUUAGUGUGUUAUGUUGUGAAAUCCUAACUUUGACAUAAAAGGUUUUAUAAAUA